CAGAAUCAACUAGUAAUGAAAGAAACACUGUAAAACCCCUCUCUGAAAUAAAACCAAAAACUAGGGUUUGAAAAAGAAAUAAAAAAUGGUGGGAAUGACAUCAAAUGCGAAAGAGAAGACAAGCAAUGUUCUUCACUUGAUCAAAUACACGACUGAUAUGCCCUUGAAACUUCAAUACUUGGAUCAAUUUAAAGAGAUUUUGUUAAAGAAUGGUGAUUCUUUAUGCUCUGAGUUUUUCCCUAAUCUUGUCGAAUUUCAGAAGGAUCGUUUUAGCCCCAUUCGUAAAUUACUCGCACAGAUAAUUGGUGAAAUUGGAUCCACUUGUACGGAGUUGAUACCUGAAAUUGUACCAGUUUUGAUAUCAUUUUUGGAAGAUGAUACACCAGCAGUUGCUAGACAAGCCAUUUCUAGUGGUACAGAUUUGUUUCGCAGUACGCUUGAGAAGGUUGCAGUAAAGGGUUUAAGUGCAAGCGAAUUGGAUGAUUCACUUAAAACAUCGUGGGAAUGGAUGUUGAAGUUCAAAGACGCAGUAUGUCCCAUUGCAUUUCAGAAGCAUGGAACUGAUGGGAUUAGACUGCUAGCAAUAAAGUUUGUCGAAGCAAUUGUUCUUCUUUACACACCAGAUCCUAAUGGCUCCUCGGAGCCUCCCCCACAUCAAUCUUCUGAAGGAAAAUUAGAGGGAUUCAGCAUAUCAUGGUUGCGUGGAGGCCAUCCAGUGCUGAAUGUUGCUGAUCUGUCAAUGGAAGCCAGUCAAAGCCUAGGGUUAUUGCUCGAUCAGCUGCGGUUUCCCACAGUGAAAUCACUCAGUAAUCUAACAAUAAUUGUUCUCAUCAAUAGCCUUUCAACCAUUGCAAACAAAAGGCCUGCGUUUUAUGGCCGUAUUCUGCCGGUAUUGCUUGGCUUGGAACCAUCAAGUUCUGUGGUCAAAGGGGUGCGAGUUACUGGUGCACAUCAUGCUUUGAAAAAGGCAUUCCUAUCCUGCUUGCAAUGUACACACCCGGGUGCUGCUCCAUGGUGUGAGCGAUUGGUUGGUGCCAUGAAAGAAAUGGAAGAUGGAAAGUUGGUGGAACAUACAACUGCCGGAAGUUUAGAUGCGGGAACAUGUGAGUCACAAUCUACUGAGGAAGAGAAGCCUCUAAUCAAAGCAUAUGAUGCUGUACAAGAAUCAGGAAGGAAAAGAUCUAUGAUUCAAGAAAUCAGUGAUCCGGAGCAAGAUGAUGGGGUAACUGGGAAACGUGCCAGAUCAUCACCAAUCAACUCGGAGGGGUCAAACAGAGACAGAAAACCUAAUUUGAAUCAGGGUACCCUUUCUUCGAAUGGAGCAACAUCCUCUACCGGAGAUGGAGAGACAGGAACUGUGCAGCAGCUUGUUGCUAUGUUUGGCGCAUUGGUGGCUCAAGGUGACAAAGCUGCUGGAUCAUUGGAGAUUCUUUUAUCAAGCAUCUCCGCUGACUUGCUAGGAGAAGUUGUGAUGGCUAAUAUGAGGCGCCUUCCUCCUACAUUUGAGGAAGAUGAACAAAUAAUGUCGAACAUGAGUUCUCUUUUGAACGUAGCUGAUAGUAAUUCCCUUGCGUCACAUCUUAUGUCACUUGUAUCAGACAUCCCUUCACUUUCUGCUGUGUUUCAACAGAAACACUUGGAGGAUGAACAUCAAGAAGUGGUCACCCCUGAAAUCGAUUCAGUUUUUGGUAGCAGAAAUGAUACUAUUGCAACCAUAGCAUCCACCAUUAUGACAAAUCCAGGAAGUGUUGGUCACCCAAUCAGGCCAAAGUAUGAAAGCCCAACUAUGUCAUCUGACAUGCAUGAUGCAGGUACACCUGAGAGUGGAAUACCUGGUCUCGACUCCAGUGCAUUCGCCGAUGCUAUGCCAGAAGCACCAGGUGCUUCUCAUUUGACUAAUGUUGAUACAGAAGGAGAAAGUCAGGAUAAAGUUACGAACUCAGAUGGGAGUUUUUUAAUGGACUAUUCUUCAACUGUUUCUGUGCUAGCUGAUAAGACCGAGGAAUUUGGCCUACAAGUACCUGUUUCAGAUACCAAUAGCGUUAUUUCUACAUCAAUAUCUAGCCAAUGCAUCCUCCCGAAGAUGUCAGCACCUGUAGUUGAACUUACUGAUGAACAAAAGGAUGAACUACAAAAAACAGCUUUCAUUCGCAUAAUUGAGGCUUACAAGCAAAUAUCAAUAGCUGGAGCCUCUGAUGUUCGGUUUUCUUUACUUGCUUAUUUGGGAGUUGAGUACCCGUUGGAGUUGGACCCCUGGAAGCUUUUGCAAGAGCAUAUAUCAUCAGAUUAUUUAACCUACGAGGGACACGAGUUGACGUUGCGUGUGCUCUAUAGGUUAUUUGGAGAGGCAGAAAAAGAAAAUGACUUCUUUUCAUCUACAACUGCAACAUCAGUAUAUGAGACAUUUCUUCUCACCGUGGCUGAGACGCUUCGAGAUUCUUUUCCAGCAUCUGACAAAUCUCUGAGUAGGCUGUUUGGUGAAGUCCCUUACCUGCCAGGGCCAGCAUUUAAAUUGUUAGAAUCCUUGUGUUCUCCUGGAAGCAGCGAAAUUACUGACAAGGAAGCCCAAAGUGGUGAUAGAGUUACCCAAGGCCUCAGUGCUGUGUGGAGCUUGAUUUUGCAAAGACCUCCAAUUCGAGAUAUCUGCUUGAAAAUUGCUUUACAGAGUGCAGUCCAUCAGUUAGAAGAAGUACGGAUGAAGGCAAUACGUCUGGUAGCGAACAAGCUUUACCCAAUAUCAUCCAUUGCUCAGCAAAUCGAAGACUUCGCUAAUGAAAUGCUUCUCUCGGUAACAAAAAGAAAUACUACAGAGGGAUUGGAUACUGAAGGACCAACCCCUGAAGUGCAAAAGGAUGUUGAUGUGGAAAAGCCUUCAAAUGACCAGCUAUUGUCAAAAACAGGGGUCGAGGAAGUUUCCUCGGAUACCCAUCAGCCAUGCUCCACCUCAAAUACGGCAACCUCCUUGAUCUCCGAGGCGCAGCGGUGCAUGUCUCUCUACUUUGCUCUCUGUACCAAGAAACGUUCACUUUUUCGGCAAAUUUUUAUCAUUUACAAGAGCAUUCCGAAGGCUGUGACCGAGGCAGUUCAUCGCCAUAUCCCAAUAUUAGUUCGCACAAUAGGGUCUUCACCUGAGAUUCUUGCAAUUAUUUCAGAUCCCCCUUCUGGCAGUGAGAGCCUUCUAUUGCAGGUGUUACAUAUAUUAACGGAUGGCACAGUUCCUUCACCAGAUUUAGUAUAUACUGUCAAAAAGUUGUACGACUCGAAACUAAAGGAUGUUGGAAUUCUCAUUCCAGUAUUGUCAUCUCUGCCAAAAGAGGAGGUGUUACCAAUUUUUCCCAAGCUUGUCAACCUUCCGGCAGAUAAGUUCCAAACUGCACUUGCUCGCAUGCUACAGGGAUCAUCUCAUUCAAGUCCAAUACUUAGCCCAGCUGAAGUAUUGAUUGCCAUUCAUGGAAUUGAUCCUGAGAAAGAUGGGAUUGCCUUGAAAAAGGUUAUGGAUGCAUGCAAUGCUUGUUUUGAGCAGCGACAAGUGUUUACCCAGCAAGUGCUAGCGAAGGUGUUGAAUCAGUUGGUUGAGCAGAUUCCGCUUCCCCUGCUGUUCAUGCGCACCGUCUUGCAGGCAAUUGGUGCUUUCCCAGCUUUGGUAGACUUUAUAAUGGAGAUUCUCUCGCGACUUGUGACUAAGCAGAUAUGGAAAUACCCAAAGUUAUGGGUUGGGUUCUUGAAGUGUGCUCUCAUGACGCAACCUCAGUCAUUUGGCGUGUUACUUCAGUUGCCUGCAGCACAACUGGAAAGUGCAUUGAGCAGAACUGCUGCUUCUCUGAAGGCUCCCUUGAUUGCCCAUGCUGAACAACCAAGCAUCCGAUCUUCUCUACCUAGGUCAACGCUGGUGGUUUUAGGUCUUGCACAGGAUUCUCAGGCUUCCAGUCAGGCACCAAAGAGUCCAAGUCACCAAACGACAGAAACUAGCAAUUCUGUCACCGUGGCAGAGGGAGCGACAGACCCUAAAGAAUUAUCAACAGCCAGCUGAUCCCUAACAACCGUAUAUGUAGAAUUCGUGGUGGAUAGUCUUCUUCUUCUUUUUUUUUCAGGUACACUGUUAGAUAGCUAAACUGAGCCUGGUAGAGCUUGGGAUAAGUGAAGGAUUGGUGGGAUUUGAGGAUCAGUUUCUGCAAUGGAAGUGGAAGAAGGCCUUGCAUAGAUAAAUUGUUGUAAACUAGGAUGAAUUGUAUCUUAAAAUUACUAGGAAAAGGGUAGUUAAAUUGAAUUGUAAACUAGGAUGAAUUGUAAGCUCCAACAUAUUGUUAACACCAUCUACUGAAUUAAAACUUAUAGCCGAAUUUGAAAACUGUAAAUCCUAGAACAGAGCCAUUAAAUCAGGCAUUGCUGUUUUAUGUAUUCCAUUUUACGCGCUCUUUAGCCAGGA